AUGUUAGCAACAACAGCACCAAACUCGUUAGUCAUGAACCCAACUUCAAUGUUAGUAGAGAUGAAAAGCUUCAUUCCUUCUUCAUAUACUUUCGAAACAAAAAUCCAGAAGAUAAAGCAAGAACUUUUAACAAGUAAUUUAGACUGUAGUGCGAAAGAUGAAACAAAUGAACAGUAUCUUUAUGAAAUGCAGGACAUUAUUGACCAUUUACCCAAAUUGCCUGAAAUCCAACAACAAAAACUAACCAUUCCCGAAUUUGACGAAAUAGAAGUCAAAGCAACUGACUCAGUAGAAAUAAAGAAGUUCAUACGAAAGGUAAAUUAUGAAUUCCUUGGUUUUCAUUGCAACCAUAAGGUUAUGGACAAAGAUUGCGACAUGGUAUAUAAGAACAUCUCUGACCUUUACAAAUCCGAAGAAUUUAAGACCUACGACAACUUUGUUUCAUUAGUUGCAAAAUGUGUUUGGGAAAUAAGAG